AUGCCUAAGCGGUCGCGGUCGGUGCUGCACGCAUACAUUCUUCCCCAUACAAAACUUCUGCGCGACGAAAAGCGAAAAAAAUGCCAUGAAUCGCUCGAUGUGACGGCGAAAUCGCUUGUGCCACCUGAGGUUGAUGCGGCUGACAACGAAGUCGUGCCUCAUGAUGGCGAUUGCGGGAUGAGUGAAGCGGCGUUUGUGGGAAUAGAGACGCAUGAUCACGUCCAAAGUAAAUCCUCUGAAGGAUGGGAAGGGAAUGCUGAGAAAAAUUUUUCAUCACUGGAUGAUGAGCCUUUUUUCCCCGAGGCCGAUUGGCUUGUCGGGUUACCACCAUCGUGUCGCGAUGUACAGAGAGAACCAAAUUGGCUGGAGCGGGCGUUGAUGUUAGCGCGCUGCUCAAACCGGUGCAUUAAACUAUUUCAGUUGUGUGAUGACAAUAGGGACUCCGCGUUUCCGAUGCCUCCUUAUCCAACCUGCACGCAUCUUGAAAGCACGACGCAGAAGGAGAAGUGUCGUGCCACCGCCGUUGCGAACAUCACGGCUGCCUUUUACGCUGCACCUCCUCCGGUGGACCCCAGUGUUGCCUUUGGUGCGUCUGUGGUGUCACGGGCGCAUUAA